GGCUGAGGUUCAGCGGCUCCGUUUCCUCUUUUGGCUAUGUCUUCGCGUCUUUCUCUUCUCAGUCUUCGCUCUGUAGCAUCCUUUCUUAUAUCGGCCGCAUCUCUUCAUAGUUUCUUUACCUUCUGCCAUGUAAAGAUCGAGGAAUGGGGCUAUACGAAGAGCCAGACUCUAAUUUGGAGAGCCAGCUUGGUUUCGAAUCACCCUCCUUCUUUGCUGCGGCGGAGAAGGACAUCAACCAUGGGAUUGAUGCCCUAAAGCUUGAAGGGAAUUCGCGAAUGGGGCUUCCGGCGGCAGGCGAUGCCGACGUUGAUUUGGGCGAGGGAGUUAAGUACCCGAUUCGGCUUUCCGAGCCCGACUGCGCUUUCUACCUCAGGACUGGAUGCUGCAAGUUUGGGUUUUGCUGUCGGUUCAACCACCCUCGGGAGAAAAGGGUGGUUCAGGGCUGGAAUAGAAUUUCGACGAAGGAAUUCAAGUUUUACUCGAUGCCAGGAGGCUGCAGGUUUGGAGAAACUUGCAGAUACAGUCACAGUAAUGAAAUUGCCGAAAGUGUUCCAGUAGAACUUAAUAGCUUAGGCCUUCCUGUUCGGAAAGGAGAGAGAGUAUGCUCAUAUUACAUGCGAACUGGUAUAUGUAAAUAUCACAGUAGCUGUAAAUUCCAUCACCCAGAACUAUCAGACAUCGAUGGACUACAUGUUUUCGAAUGCCACAGUGCUAGCUCUCUCCAAAAUACAAUUUGGCCUUCGCCUAUGCCUGUGGAAUCUCCAACCUUGCUGACAGCUUCCAAUAACUCUAGUUUAAAUUUAGAUAUUUCACAACCUUGCAUGCCAGCCAUGUCUUCGGAAUGGCUAAAUCUAUAUAAGGAUCAAGUUAGAUCGCAGGAUUCUAGUUUACCCUCUUUGUCAAAAAAGACCAACUCCCAUCCCUCAGCUGUAGACCAAAAUGGAUUUUCAAAGCUAGAGGAUUCCCCUAUGCAGCAAAAGGAAGUAGUUGAUAAUAGCAAGGAAUCUGGCGAAUCACAGUCUCAAAAUGGAAUUAGAUACGAGGCUUUCAGACUAGCAUUUCCAUGGUGGCAGAGUCAUUCAAAGGACCAUCUUCCAGAAUUUGAAGGAUGCCUUCUUAGUCCUAUAGGGCUGCCCCAAAGACCCGAUCACCCAGUGUGCAUCUAUUAUAGCCGUUUUGGGAUUUGUAAGUAUGGCCCAGCUUGCAAAUUUGAUCAUCCGAUGGAUGAGAACACAGACCAAUCUGUCACAAUGUCUGCAGAAGACAAGAUGGAAGGUGAAGUAUCCCUCGUAUCACAGACAACUUAAGCUCAUCAAUUAAGGCUUUGUUUGGGACGACUUUCUUGUUGCUUCUUAAAGCAACUUUUUAGUAUAAAAAUUAAAAACUUUUUACUAAAAAGCUACUUUAAGAAGCAGAAAAAAAGCCAUCCCAAACGAAGCC